AGGCACGGCGGGCUCAGGCUGCAGGAGCAACGUGAGUGUCUGCUGCACGUCUCGUCCUGUGUGCUGGAAGAAUGUCAGAGAGCAAACAGCAACAGAACCUGGUGCUCAUUAAGGAGCUGGAGCUCAUCUUGGAUUCCUGCAAACUGGAGCUCACACCAGUGGAUGAAGUCUGGCCCAAUUUAUACAUAGGAAAUGUGGCUGUCGCACAGAACAGAAAGGCAUUACAUAAGCUGGGCAUCACUCAUGUCCUGAAUGCAGCGCACUCCAAGCAGGGCAGCAUUGGUAACCAGAGCUUUUAUGGAAACACGAGUGUUUACUUUGGCAUCCCAGCAGAAGACUCGGACCACUUUGACCUCAGCCAGCACUUCAAAUCUGCUGCAGACUUCAUACAUACGGGCCUAAAGAGCAAAGAUGGAAAGGUGUUAGUGCACUGCAUCAUGGGUGUGAGUCGAUCGGCCACCUUGGUCCUGGCCUACCUCAUGACGAGGAAGCAUCUUUCUCUGAGAGACGCUCUGAGACAUGUCGUCCAAAAACGAGCCAUUUUCCCCAACCGGAACUUCCUGUCACUCCUCCUCAAGCUGGAUGAACAGCUGGCACAAAAAAGGAGGUUGUGUCCUCUUCUCUGACAUUAGUUCCUUUAUGACAUUUCCAUGUGCUGCACAAUUGACGGUGAUUAUUGUUUAUUAGUAUACAGAUAUAUUUAUUCUUGCUGUGUUUUUACUUUUA